AUGCAUAACCCGAGUCAUUCAUCUGGACACGACGGCCCUCAAUAUAACCCUUCCUCCGUCGUUGACUCCUACUGGCAUACUACCCCCUCGUUGAGCCCUGACCUCUCGACUUCAACGACGCAGGCAUUUAUCGGACCGAAUGCAAAUUUCCCCUCGAAUCCUCAUGUGGGAAAUCCCAGUGCGCAGCUAUCAUACUCAUCCUAUCCACCAUCCAUGCUCCCGUCAGGCUUCUCGAACCCAGACCAACGUUUAGCUCCCCCUAGCGACAAUGUCGGCAAUAACAAGGUUGCAAUCCCUCGUUUGGCAGCUCCAACAACCUACAGAGGCAGACGACGCUCGGCACGGGCAUGCGAGCCCUGUCGACAGCGUAAAAUCAAAUGCGAUGGCGUGCGACCAACCUGUGGCCAAUGCUCGUACCACAACAGCCAAUGCCUUUACGAGGAUGUGAAACGCGUGCGCGAUCAGAAAAUGCUCGAGUUGCUUUCGAAACGGACCGAACGCUAUGAAUCUUUGCUUCGCGAUCUGGAGGGGGAUGUCGAUACACCCACGGCGCGGAGGAUUAGGAAAGCGCUGAAGGUCAAGGAUAACAAAACGGCUCGCAACAACGACAACCCGGAUGAUUCGGAUUCGGAUUCCUCGGUCGGCUCGCUGGAAGCAGUUGAUCUAGUUGAGGAAGAUCUAAAUCGCAACGAGACUACUCGUGCUGCGGGAUUCUUCGGUAAAAACUCCGAGGUCGCAUGGAUGCAACGCUUGGAGGAUGGUAUCGAGCAAAAGACUUCUUGGCCUGGUAGUCGUCUCCAGUCAACCUCGGGGUCAUCUGCGGUAGCCUCGCAAUCGCAAAGUCCACACGCUCUCGCUGCUGUACUUCCCUCUGAGGAAAGAUUGGAUCGUGAUUUACCCAUCGCCAUGAUGAAUUAUCACCUCGAUGAUCUGGAUAUUCCCGUUGUCGGUGAUGAUUCUGACCCGGUGACCGUGCCGCCGCGUGAGACUGCAGAUAAAUACUUCGAUGCGUACAUGACCUUUGUCCAUCCAACAUUUAGUGUCCUGCGCAAGUCGACGUUCACGGCGCAGUAUCUGCAGUUCUUUAGUAGGCCUACUCAACCGCCGCCGAGAUGGCUUGGUAUUCUCAAUAUGAUCUUUGCCAUUGGUUGUCGAUACUGCAAGCUUAUUGACCCCGGUGCCGGUAGCGCUUGGGAAGAUGGGCUCGUCUAUUUGACUCGGGCUCGGCAGUUGAGUCUGCGCGAGAAUGUACUUUUCGAGCAUACCGAUCUGCAGCAGAUUCAACUGGAGUUCUUGGUGGCAGUGUAUCUGCUCUGUUUGGGUCAAGUCAAUAGAGCAUCUAAAUUCUCCGGCUUGGCUCUUCGCUCAGCCUUAUCACUUGGUAUCAACCUCCACAUCACGGAUGGCCGAACGCACGACGCCUCAAAAGAAGCCCGUUGUCGACUGUGGUGGUCUAUCUACUCCCUUGAACACCUUCUAACCUCCAUGCAUGGUCGAGCCUCCUGCGUGGGAGAAGGCCUCUGCUCAGUCUCACCUCCCCUCCCUUUUGAAGAAGACUUCUUCGAACAACCCGAGAUCUCCCGCCUCUUGCAGGAUCGGGCAUUCCGCGAAGCCCAGCUUCGACCAACCCUCUUCGAAACUCCCUCUCAACUUCAGUGCGGCCCGACCUGGAUGGCAGAUUGCAAGCCCUGUCCAGCUCUAUUCUUCUACCACCUCACAGAUCUCGCCUUGAUAUCACACGCCGUAUUGAACAAGAUCUACAGUAUCGAGGGCCUUCGUGAGUGCUCGAGCGUGACAGAGUACCGUUUACAAAAAUAUAGACUCUGCAUGGAUCGAUGGCUAGCCAAAGUCCCGCCCCCUUAUCGAUUCACGGUCCCCGAAGCCGGACCCUGGCAUUUAAACCACGCCCAGCUCGAUGAUGAAAACGCCCCCUUUGCGCGUGAACGGGUCUGCCUAGCAAUGAACUAUUACUCGGCCCGUAUCAUUCUAUGCAGACCAUGUCUCUCGCAGACUCACUCCCCGCAACCUUUAAACAGUCCACCCGCACAAGACGCGAAUCAUCGCACAAAAUUGAGAACGGAUAUGGCAACGGAUUGUCUCCAGGCUGCAUGCUCUCUUAUCUCUAUUCUCCCCGAUAACCCGGACAUCGCAUGGUUAGUCCGCGUCACACCCUGGUGGAGCGUGCUACACUUUAUCAUGCAAGCGACAACAGCCCUCCUCCUAGCUCUAUCGUUCGUCUGUUUCCCAAAACAAACGAAUCUCCCAAGCUCUUCGACUUCAAACUCGGGGUCAAAGUCGAAUAUAAGGUCCGCGUCUGUGUCAGGCUCGGAUCCUUCAAUAUCAAAUACCCCCGCCCUUUUGGAUACGGAUAUUGAGACUGUCAUUGCCCAGGCUAAGAAGGCGCUUCGCUCGAUUCAUACUAUGGCUCAUGUGGAUCCUGCUGCGAGACGGGCUUUUGUGCUUUGUGAUGGCGUGGUGAGGAAACUCGCGCCGGCGUUGAACAUUGAUUUGAAGGAUUGGCCGAAUGUGGAGUCGUUGGUUGGUCGCCAUGGUGGUGGUGGUGGUGGAGAGAAGGGUGAAAGGAAGGAUCAUGGUGGAGGGGUUGCGAAUGAUAGGCGUGAGAGUGAUAGUCGCUUGGAGGGAUUGAACGAUUUGGUUGAUUUUGAUGGUGGUGGAGGAUAA